GCUGCAGCCCGCGGAGCCUCGCGCCCGCCGGGGCUGGGGUCUCGCUGGCUGGGACACCCUUCCCCGCCUGCUGCGGCCAUGGAGGACGAUCGGAAGGACGGAGCCUACGGAACUCCCCAGAAGUACGAUCCUACCUUCAAAGGACCCAUUUACAACAGGGGUUGCACGGAUGUCAUCUGCUGUGUGCUGCUUCUUCUGGCCAUUGUGGGUUAUGUGGCCGUGGGCAUCAUAGCUUGGACCCAUGGGGACCCUCGAAAGGUGAUCUAUCCUACUGACAGCCGUGGGGAGUUCUGCGGGCAGAAAGGCACAAAAAAUGCGAACAAACCCUUCCUGUUCUACUUCAACAUUGUGAAGUGUGCCAGCCCCCUGGUCCUGCUGGAAUUCCAGUGUCCCACCCCACAGAUCUGUGUGGAGAAAUGCCCCGACCGCUACCUCACCUUCCUGAGUGCCCGAAAUAGUCGGGACUUCGAGUACUACAAGCAGUUCUGUGUUCCUGGCUUCCAGAACAAUAAGGGUGUGGCAGAAGUGCUUCGAGAUGGUGACUGCCCUGCUGUUCUCACCCCCAGCAAACCCUUGGCCCGGCGAUGCUUCCCAGCCAUCCAUGCUCACAAAGGGGUCCUCAUGGUGGGCAACGAGACGACCUAUGAAGAUGGGCACGGCUCUCGGAAGAACAUCACAGAACUGGUGGAGGGUGCCAAAAAGGCCAAUGUCGUUCUGGAGGCACGACAGCUGGCCAUGCGGAUAUUUGAAGAUUAUACCGUCUCUUGGUACUGGAUUGUCAUAGGCCUGGUCAUCGCCAUGGUGCUGAGCCUCCUUUUCAUCAUCCUGCUGCGCUUCUUGGCUGGCAUUAUGGUCUGGGUGAUGAUCGUCAUGGUGAUUCUGGUGCUGGGCUAUGGAAUAUUUCACUGCUACAUGGAGUAUGCCCGGCUGCGUGGGGAGGCCGGCUCUGAUGUCUCCCUGGUGGACCUUGGCUUCCAGACAGACCUCCGGGUAUACUUGCACUUACGGCAGACCUGGAUGGCCUUCAUGAUCAUUCUGAGCAUUCUUGAAGUGGUCAUCAUCUUGCUGCUCAUCUUUCUCCGGAAGAGAAUUCUCAUCGCCAUUGCACUCAUCAAAGAAGCCAGCAGGGCUGUGGGAUACGUUAUGUGCUCCCUGCUGUACCCUCUGGUCACCUUCUUCCUGCUGUGUCUUUGCAUCGCAUACUGGGCCAGCACUGCUGUCUUCCUGUCCACUUCUAAUGAAGCUGUCUAUAAGAUUUUGGAUGAUGCCACCUGCUCACUAGCUGGGAAAACCUGCAACCCUGAGACCUUCCCUUCCUCCAAUGAAUCCCGCCUAUGCCCCAACGCGCAUUGCCAGUUCGCCUUCUAUGGCGGUGAGUCGGGCUACCACCGCGCGCUGCUGGGCCUGCAGAUCUUCAAUGCCUUCAUGUUCUUUUGGUUGGCCAACUUCGUGCUGGCGCUGGGCCAGGUCACACUGGCUGGGGCAUUUGCCUCCUACUACUGGGCCAUGCGCAAGCCAGACGACCUGCCAGCCUUCCCGCUCUUCUCUGCCUUUGGCCGGGCACUCAGGUACCACACAGGAUCCUUGGCCUUUGGUGCCCUCAUUCUGGCCAUUGUGCAGAUCAUCCGAGUGAUGCUUGAGUAUUUGGAUCAGCGCCUGAAAGCUGCGGAGAACAAGUUUGCCAAGUUUCUCAUGACCUGUCUCAAGUGUUGCUUUUGGUGCCUGGAGAAGUUCAUCAAAUUCCUCAACAGGAAUGCCUACAUCAUGAUCGCCAUCUACGGCACCAACUUCUGCACCUCAGCUAGGAAUGCCUUCUUCCUGCUCAUGAGAAACAUCAUCAGAGUGGCCGUCCUAGACAAAGUUACCGACUUCCUCUUCCUGUUGGGCAAACUUCUGAUCGUGGGCAGUGUGGGAAUCCUUGCUUUCUUCUUCUUCACCCAUCGUAUCAGGAUCGUGCAAGAUACAGCACCACCUCUCAAUUAUUACUGGGUCCCAAUACUGACGGUGAUUGUUGGGUCCUACUUGAUUGCCCAUGGUUUCUUCAGCGUCUACGGCAUGUGUGUGGAUACGUUAUUCCUCUGCUUCUUGGAGGAUCUGGAGAGAAACGAUGGGUCAGCUGAGAGGCCUUACUUCAUGUCUUCCGCUCUCAAGAAGCUCUUGAACAAGACCAACAAGAAGGUGGCAGAGUCCUAAAGGUCCGGCCUCCCCUGCCUCUCCAGAGCCCUCCAACUGGGUGCUUGGUCGGCGGCUUGGGUCAGUACCCCCAGCCCAUCGGAGUUGCCUGAAGUCCUGUCACUGCCUCUCUGCCCCCUCUUCAUGAUCUAGUUACUGCCAGUUUCUGGGGACCUGGAGGAUUUGGGGUAUCUCUUCCCUAUGCCAAGGGGUGCUCGGAGUUUCCACAGCAGCCCUGCAAGACUGAGAUGAAAUGAGUCACUUUAGCUCUCACUGACCUGGAUGGGGACAAAUCCGGUGUAGCCUCUUGAUGCCUGGGAUGGGAGGUGGCCAGACUUCUGCCAGCUCCUUCAUGCUUCCUGUCCUCUUCUUAGACCACAGUGGGAGAACAAUGGGAAGGACUGAGAUUGUAUAUGAGAGAGCAGCGGCUGUGCUGAACUUGAGUUCCAAGUUCCCCCUGCCUCUCUAGCCAGGACUGAAACCCAUCUCCACGGCUGAACAGUUGGCUCAAGGGCCGCCGGAUGCAUUUCUUUAUUAUUAUUUUUUAACUUGGACAUGCAUUAAAGGGUCUAUUAGCUUUUAUUCCAUCUGUCUCCACAGCUGGGAUGGAGCUGCCAGGGAGUGCCUUCAUUUGUCCCCACCCCCUACUGGGUGUGGCUGGGCUGGGAGUGUGUGCUUGCAGUAACUAAGUCCCGACUAGAGAGGCCAUAUUGCGGGGGACUCAUUGAGGAGAGCCCUUGAUGAGAGGAGAUGGGGCCAGAUGUUGGGAGUGGCAGCAGGAAGUAGGCUUGACCACCAGAGCCCGCCAAAGGAGAUGCUAAUGAUUGCUUAAUGGAAACCUGCUGGCCUGUUGCCUGGCUGGAGAAUUGGACCCGAUGCCUCCUGCCCUCCUUUGCCAGUUAUUGACACUGCUCUCUUUGUAAGAGAGAAAAGAAACUGAAUCCACCUAAGGGAUGGUUUUCAGGGGACAGGGGUGGGUGGGGCAGGUGCCCUGGGCUAACAGGGCCCUCUGCCUACUCGCCUACCUUGGGGAUCCUUUUGCCAAACUGUUGAACUCAGGGGACCCGGUUGUCUGGUUCCCCCUUUGCCCACCACAAACCCAGCAACCCCUACCCCCACUUCAUGCCUUCACUCAUGGGCACCAUCAGCACUAUCCAUCAGGAUCCCAGAGAGGGAGGAUUCCCAGCCUGUGGUCUCCCAUCUCUGUGCCUGCCACCUGCCAUCCCCUUCCUGUCUGCCCAGCUCUAUGCAUCUGUUAAUUGCAUUCCAACCACUAAUAAAGUGCCUAUUGUACAGGUC